UCUUCAGUCCCCUCUCAAACCUCGCCCCCACCAGUUCGUCGUUCUCCUUCACAAUGGAGUCUCACACACUGUUGCGAACAAGUUUUCUUUCUUUUGCAUCUCAACGUCCCCAAUUCCGUACUACGAAGUUUCUUCAUCAUCCAAAAUCGAGAUCGAAUAUUGCUUUCUUCAACAGAAAGGCAUUCACUCCCUUCCGCCUCCCUCGCCCAGAGAGAAACGCUAAUUCCAAGGUUCUGGAUGCUCUGCGAUUUGAAGGUCCGAUGAUCGGUGUUGAGGAAUUAUCGGACAUUGAAGAUUGUGAUCUCGUGGUGGAGACCUGCAUUACGCGGACAUUGCCUCCUGCUUUGACACUGGAGCGCGGACUCGAGAGUAUCAGGGAGGUCGUCGAGAAGUUGAAGCAGGAUCCUCCGUGUUCAAGUAGUGGCAUCUUCAGAUUUCAGGUUGCUGUGCCACCCAGUCCAAAAGCUUUAAAUUGGUUUUGCUGCCAACCAGAGUCAUCAGGAGUCUUUCCUUGCUUUUUCCUUUCUAAGGAGACAGAGAACCCAACAAGCAAGUCUCUGUAUUUGAAUAGAACUCGUGGAGCUUUUGGAAUUGGAGCUGCAAUUUGCUUCUCCCAUUCUUGUUCAGGAAAACAUCAACUGAACAAAAGAUAUCUCUUAAAUGAUUCAACCUUUCUCACAAGUUAUGGUUUAAUGGGUAUUGAUUUCGAUACAGAGUUGUCUUCUGUAAAGCUUGAGGCUGGUUCUUUUUACUUUUUUGUUCCUCAGAUAGAGUUAGAUGAGCAUGAGGAUGUCUCUAUUUUAGCAGCAACCUUGGCAUGGAACGACUCCCUUUUUUGGACGUUUGGGCUGGCCCUUGAUUCUUGUGAGUCUUCGCUGUUUCAGGCGACGUCUCAUUUGUGGCCCACUACAGAGAGAUGCCACACCAUAUGCCUAAAAUCUGCUCUUAGCAAGCUCACUGUUGUGGAGGAUAAAACUGUUUCAAUGGUAUACAUGAAUGCUCUCUUGUUGGGCCGAAGUAAUUUUGGAGCCGACCCUGUGGAUCUGAGAGAAGCUCCAUCUUCCUGUCAGUUCUGUUUGCGGCUUUCCCAGAGCAUUGGCAUUGCCAGUAACAUGUUGGAUCAUGCCAGUAAAAUGGAUUACUUGACUCACAACCUUACAAACAUCAAUGCUGUUUGGGCAUCACUAAUUAUUGAAGAAUUCUCUCGACUUGGUUUAACGUAUUUCUGUGUGGCUCCAGGAUCGAGAUCAUCUCCUCUUGCCAUUGCUGCUUCGGAGCAUCCCUUAACAACAUGUGUUAGUUGCUUUGAUGAGCGGUCCCUUGCAUUUCAUGCUGUUGGUUAUGCAAGAGGAUCUCAUACACCUGCAGUUAUCAUAACAUCAUCCGGCACCGCAGUUUCGAAUCUUCUUCCGGCCGUUGUGGAGGCCAGUCAGGAUUUUGUACCACUUCUAUUACUCACAGCUGAUCGUCCUCCAGAGCUACACAAUGCUGGAGCGAACCAAGCAAUUAAUCAGGUAAACCAUUUUGGUUCAUUUGUAAGAUUCUUCAGCAGUCUUCCGGCUCCCAAUGAUCAAAUUCCUGCACGGAUGGUGCUUACCACGCUUGAUUCUGCUGUACAUUUGGCUACCUCUUCUCCAUAUGGACCAGUUCAUAUUAAUUGUCCAUUUAGGGAGCCUCUGGAUAGUAGUCCAAAGAAAUGGAUGCUGAGCUCUUUGAAGGGAUUGGAUAUGUGGAUGGCCAGUGCUGAGCCAUUUACUAGGUAUAUUCCAGUGCUACAUUCUCAUGCAUGGAAGGAUACUUGUGGCCAAAUGGCAGAGGUUAUAAAAAUAAUUAAAGAGGCAAACAAUGGGCUUCUACUCAUUGGCGCAAUCCAUUCAGAGGAUGAAAUUUGGACAGCACUUCUCUUGGCUAAGCACCUUUCGUUGCCAGUUGUAGCUGACAUCUUGUCUGGUUUAAGGUUGAGAAAGCUUUUGUCGUCUUUUCCCAAAAGUGAGCAGGAGUUUUUAUUUGUUGAUCAUCUAGAUCAUGCUCUGCUCUCAGAUUCUGUCAAGGAUUGGGUAGAUGUUGAUGUAAUCGUUCAGAUUGGGAGUCGGAUAACAAGCAAGCGUGUUUCUCAGAAGCUGGAAGAGUGCUUUCCUUGCUAUUACAUAGUGGUCGAUGAGCAUCCAUGUCGGCAUGAUCCUUCACAUGUUGUAACACAUAGGAUUCAGAGUACUGUUGUUCAGUUUGCUGAUAUUUUACUUAAAGCUCAAUUUUCAUUUGGAGGCAGCAUUUCGGGCACCUAUUUGCAAGAAUUGAAUAUGACGGUUGCAAAGGAGAUAUCGUUUAAUAUUCGUGUUGACUGCUCCUUGACUGAACCUCAUAUUGCACAACUAAUUUCAAAAGCACUUUCCCCAGAUUCUGCUCUUUUCAUUGGCAAUAGCAUGGCAAUACGUGAUGCAGAUAUGUAUGGAUGCAAUUCUGUGAAUCAUGCUCCUAAUGUUGCUGAUUGGAUAUUGUCCUCAGAGGUACCAUGUCACAUGAUACGUGUGGCUGGAAAUAGGGGAGCUAGUGGGAUUGAUGGUUUGCUUAGCACAGCUGUUGGUUUUGCUGUUGGAUGCAACAAACGAGUACUUUGUGUAAUUGGUGAUGUUUCUUUCCUGCAUGAUACGAAUGGAUUGGCAAUUUUGAAACAGAGGACAAUGCGGAAGCCAAUGACGAUAAUUGUGAUAAACAAUCAUGGUGGUGCAAUCUUCAGUUUCCUUCCUAUUGCUGAUAGAACCGAGCAACGAACACUGGAUCAAUAUUUCUAUACCUCACAUAACAUUUCAAUCCAUAACUUGUGUUUGGCACAUGGAGUGAAUCAUCAACGAGUAAACACGAAAAUUGAACUUCAAGAUGCUUUAUUGUCACCUCAAAAUGAAGACGUGGAUCGUGUGAUUGAAGUUGAGAGCUCAAUUGGUGCCAAUGCUACCUUCCACAGUACUCUGAGGAGUUUUGCAUGUCAAGCAGCCAAUCAUGCUUUGAGUGUCCUUUCAAGGCUUUCUUUUCCAGAUACUAUACCAUAUGAAUCUUUUACUUGCAAAAUUCACAGGAUGAAGUAUUCACUUUAUAGAAUUCAAUUGCGUGCUCCGCCUACAUUUAGUUCUAUGAACUAUGAGAACCCUGAAACGUAUAGAGAAGGUUUUAUUCUGUCUUUGUUUCUUGAAGAUGGAAGUGUUGGGUAUGGUGAGGUUGCACCUCUUGAUUUAAGCCAAGAAAUCCUGCUGGAUAUAGAGGACCAACUUCGAUUUCUUCUUCACAUAAUAGCUGGAGCAAGGAUUAGCUAUUGCCUUCCUAUGCUGAAGGGUUCAUUUUCUGCUUGGAUCUGGAGUGCUUUAGGAAUCCAGCCAUGUUCACUGUUUCCAAGUGUAAGAUGUGGUUUAGAAAUGGCUAUCCUCAAUGCCAUAGCAUCAAGAAAAGGUUCUGGUUUGUUAAACAUUCUUUAUCCCCAUGUAGAGAAAGAGGUUGGGAUAAAUGAAAGGUCAUCAAGUGUUCAGAUAUGCGCCCUCGUUGAUUCCAAUGGAACUCCUGCUGAGGUUGCUUAUAUUGCCAGAACACUAGUUGAAGAAGGUUUUACUGCAAUAAAGCUAAAAGUAGCACGCCGGGCGGAUCCCAUCCAGGAUGCUGCAGUUAUCCGACAAGUAAGAGAUGCAGUUGGUCAAAAAAUUGUACUCCGAGUUGAUGCCAACCAAAACUGGACCUAUGAAGAAGCAAUCCAGUUUGGUUGUUUAGUGAAAAACUGUGACCUGCAAUAUAUUGAGGAACCUGUGCAGAAUGAAAAUGAUAUCAUAAAAUAUUGCGAAGAAACUGGCUUGCCUGUUGCUCUGGAUGAGUCUAUUGACAAUCUCAAGGGAAAUCCUCUAAAUAUGCUUAUGAAUUAUACUCACCCUGGGAUAGUCGCCGUUGUUAUUAAGCCAAGUGUUGUUGGUGGAUUUGAGAAUACGACAUUAAUUGCACAAUGGGCUCAACGGCUGGGGAAGAUGGCUGUUGUAAGCUCUGCAUUUGAGAGUAGCCUUGGUUUGUCAGCAUGUAUUCUUCUUUCAUGUUAUUUGGAUCUCCAGAAUGCAGAUAUAUGCCGAGUGUUGAACAGAGAACUGGUUCCAUCUGGAGCCCAAGGGCUUGGAACUUACAAGUGGCUUAAAGACGAUGUAACAACUGAUCCUCUUAGGAUUUGCCGUAAUUUAUGCAGCGGUUCUGUAGGUGCUUCUGUUGCUGAUGCUGCCCAACUUCUGCUCAAUUUUCAAAUUAAUGACAAUAUUAUUCAGAGAAGUUUUACAGGGGAACAAGUUCGUAGAUACAUGCUUACUUUGGACUCAAAGAAGUGCUUUAGCAGUAUCAAAGUACAAGAGGUUGGACAAAGAACGAACGAGAAUGUGAUUGUAUUUCUCCAUGGAUUUCUUGGAACUGGGGAUGAGUGGAUACCUAUCAUGAAAGCCAUCUCGGGGUCAGCAAGAUGCAUUUCACUUGACCUACCUGGCCAUGGGGGAUCAAAGAUGCAAAAUCUUGAUGGUAAAAAAGAUGCAUUGGAGCAAGAUUUGUCGAUUAAGGCUGUUGCUGAUGUAAUAUGUAACUUGAUUCAACAAUUUACUUCUGGAAAAGUUACCCUUGUGGGAUAUUCUAUGGGAGCUAGGAUCUCGUUGUACAUAGCCCAAAGGUUUGCGGAUAAGGUUAAAGGAGCUGUCAUAAUAUCUGGAAGCCCUGGCUUAAAAGAUGCAGUAGCGAGAAAAAUGCGCAUGGCUAGGGAUGACUCUAGGGCAUACACCCUUGUAGCUCACGGUUUGCAACUCUUUGUGGACAGCUGGUAUACUGGAGAGAUGUGGAAGAGUUUGAGAAGCCAUCCCCGCUUUGAUCAAGUAAUUGCCAGCCGCUUGCUGCAUGAUGAUGUUCACAUUCUUGCUAAAUUGUUGUCUGAUUUAAGCGUCGGAAGGCAACCGCCUUUGUGGGAAGACUUGAAGCAAUGUAGAACACCUCUAUUGUUCAUAGUUGGGGAGAGAGAUGAAAAGUUCAAGAAGAUUGCUAAAGAAAUGUGCGAUGAAAUCGGCACGACAAAUAUGAUUUAUGAGACUGUCGAGAUCCCUGAUUGUGGGCAUGCCGUCCAUUUGGAGAAUCCGCUCCCUGUUAUCCGUGCACUGAGACAUUUCAUAACGAAGCUAAAGAAUGCUAAUUGAGAUCAGGAGACGCCAUCGGAUGUAUUUGUCCUUCUUAUUAGACUUUGCUGCUUGUCUGAAGGUUGGUUACCUUGGUUGUACAGCCAAUGCUGCAGUAAGCUUAUUAUUCUACAUUACAUUUCAUCAGGAAAUCUGACAAAGAAUUAGCGUUGAUUUGGUUUUUUUUUUUUUGAAUGAU